AUGCCGCCAUCAGCACCAAAGAAGCCGGACGCAUCCGCCGCUGCGAAGGAGCGCAACGAGUACAUCCCGUCCUUCAUCUCAAAGAAGCCGUUUUAUGCCAUCGACGAGACCGGCGAAGAAAACGACUACCUUGAGCAUCAGCGUCUCCAGAAACAGGAGCAGGACUCAAAAUGGUACGACCGCGGGAAGAAGAUUGGUCCGGCAGCGACCAAAUAUCGCAAAGGCGCUUGCGAGAACUGCGGAGCCAUGACGCACAAAAAGAAAGACUGUCUGAGUCGUCCACGGAAGGCAGGCGCGAGGUUUACGGGCAAAAACAUCGAAGCCGAUGAGGUCAUACAGGACGUUCAACUUGGCUUCGACGCAAAGCGCGAUCGCUGGAACGGGUACGAUGCGUCCAACUUUGACGAGGUCAUCGACGAGUACAAGGCGCUGGAGGAGAUUCGGAAGAAGGCAAAAGACGCUGAGAAGGGUGACGAUAAGUCGGAUGAGGAGGAGGAUGAGGGCGACAAAUACGACGCCGAAACCGACAUGGGCAGGAAGCAAGCUACGUCUACGCGAAAUCUGCGAUUACGGGAGGACACGGCCAAGUAUCUGCUGAAUCUUGACCUCGACUCCGCCAAAUACGACCCUAAGACACGUUCCAUGGUGGACAGUGGUGUGACGUCAGACAAUGCGUCCAAGCUGGUAGCAGAAGAAGGCUUCAUGAAGGCUUCUGGAGAUGCAGCAGAGUUUGAACGCGCACAACGAUACGCCUGGGAGACACAAGAGCGCGGUGACAAGAACAAGCUUCAUCUGCAGGCCAAUCCCACAUCUGGCGAGAUCAUGCGUAAGAAGGAGCUCAAGGAGGCAGAUGAGCAAAAAGCGGCUAAGGCAAAGGCGCUGGCAGAGAAGUACGGCACGCAAGAAAAGUUCACCGACGACACACUGCGCAAGACGGCCGUGACCGAGUCAGAAAAGUACGUCGAAUAUGACGAGCGAGGCAGGAUAAAGGGCGCGCCGAAGGUCAAGGCAAAGUCACAAUACCCAGAAGAUGUUCAUCUCAACAAUCACACCUCGGUGUGGGGCAGUUGGUGGUCAAACUUCCAAUGGGGGUUCGCAUGCUGCCACUCCACAGUCAAGAACUCGUAUUGCACGGGCGAGGCUGGAAAGGAGGCGUUCGAACUUGCGGACCGUAUGCGCACUGGUGCUGAGCUCGAUGAGGUGCCCAAGGCCAUUGCCUGGCAAGAAGAAGAGGCUCUCCAAGAGCACGUGCCCAAUGCGCCCGAUCGCGAUGAGAAGGCAAAACAAGAUGCAGCCUCUCGCAAGCGAACACUGGAGCAGAUGACGGAUGGAAUUAGUGAAGCAGAAAUGGAGGAAUAUAGACGGAAAAAAGUUAUGGGUGCUGACCCCAUGGCCGCAUACCUAUCGAAGGGCAGCAAAAGUGAAGCGAAUGACAUGGAGUUCCUGACAAUCGAAUGCGUUGUCCUGCAGCAUGCAGUGGUGAUCGGUACAGUCGAGUGCACGCCUCAAGGGUCCAACUGCACUUGGCCUACCUCAUUCGCAUCGUUGCAGUUUCCUUCCCUCCUUUACGAUGAACAACUCAGACAAAUGGUGAUUGCGCAUGCAGACGCGUAUGCGUUGUAUGAACAGCCCGAGGCAGCAGCGACCGGGCUCAGGAAGGCAGCUACCACCGCCGCGAUGUCUUCUCGUAAUGUUGACAUGGGGAGGCAAGAGUCGGAGCUCGCCAUCAACAUCAAGAAGGCCACGAGCAUCGAAGAAGUCUCACCUAAGCGAAAGCAUGUACGAGCAUGCAUUGUGUAUACGUGGGACCACAAGAGCUCGGCGAGCUUUUGGCAGGGCAUGAAAGUCCAGCCAAUUCUCGCCGACGAGGUCCAGACAUUCAAGGCACUCAUUACCGUCCACAAGGUCCUCCAGGAAGGCCAUCCCAUCGUUCUCAAAGAGGCGCAAUCAAACACCAGCUGGCUCGAGAGCUUGUCCAGGGGCUCAACCGCCGGCGAGGGCAUGCGCGGAUAUGCGCCACUCAUUUCCGAGUACAUAUACUACCUGAUGGCCAAGCUGGCCUUUCACCGACAGCAUCCAGAAUUCAAUGGAACUUUCGAAUAUGAGGAGUACAUCAGUCUCAAGUCGAUCAACGACCCCAACGAGGGAUACGAGACGAUUUCUGAUCUGAUGACGCUGCAAGAUCAGAUCGACGCGUUCCAAAAGCUCAUCUUCUCGCACUUCCGAAGCGGCGCAAAUAAUGAAUGCCGAAUUGCUGCCCUGGUUCCCCUCGUUCAGGAGAGCUACGGCAUUUACAAGUUCAUCACUAGCAUGUUGCGAGCUAUGCAUACAACCCUUGGUGAUGACGAGGCACUCUCUCCCCUACGCGGCCGCUACGAUGCGCAACACUACCGCCUCGUCAAGUUUUAUUACGAGUGCUCAAACUUGCGAUACCUGACCUCUUUGAUCACGGUACCAAAGCUGCCACAAGAGCCGCCGAACCUGCUCUCUGAAGACGAGAAUGCGCCAGCUCUACCCGCGAGGCCGCGUAACGAGAAGCCUGAAGAGUCAGCCCCACCACGCGCACCAUCGGUGGACCCCGAACCAAUCAACGAGUUCUGGAAGAACGAUCAGAGGAGGCAGCAAGAGGAGUUCGACGCCGAACAAAGGAGGCUGCAGCAGCAAUGGGAGGAGGCUCAGCGCCAGCAGCAACAAUCGCAGAUGCAAGCCCAGCGAGACUUCGAGGAGCAGCAACGAUUGCAAGCUGAACAAGCCCGCCUGGCGCAAGAGCAGCUCAUGCGCGACCAAUAUCAGCAACAAACUCAGGGUCGCCUGGCAGAACUCGAGCGAGAGAACUUGAAUGCGCGCGCACAAUACGAGCGCGACCAGCUGAUGCUGCAACAAUACGACCAGAGGAUGAAAGCCCUAGAAGGUGAACUCGCGCAGAUGAAUCAGAACUACCAGCAGCAGAUUGGCUCCAAGGACGACCAGAUCCGCGCCCUUCAAGAGCAGUUGAACACAUGGCGAUCGAAAUAUGAGUCCCUAGCGAAGCUCUACUCGCAACUACGACAUGAGCAUCUUCAGCUGCUUCAGAAGUUCAAGCAAGUCCAACUUAAGGCGAACUCUGCGCAAGAAGCAAUCGACGGCCGCGACAGGCUGCAACGAGAGCUGAAGACGAAGAACCUUGAACUCGCCGAUAUGAUCCGAGAGCGCGAUCGCGCACUGAUGGAGAAGGACCGAACCACAGGUGGACAUCGCGAUGAGUUAGAAAAAGUCAAGCGCGAGCUUCGUGCCGCGCUCGAUAGGGCUGAUAACUCUGAACGUGGCAAGGGAUCGGAGCUGUCAGCAAUGCUUUCGAGGCACAACCGUGAGAUCGCGGAUCUUGAGGAAGCGCUGCGAAAUAAGACUCGCCAGCUGGACGACAUGCAAAUGAAGUACCGCGAGGGUGACUCCGACCUCGAACGCCAAUUGCGCGACAAGGAAGAGGAACUCGAGAUUUUCCGCGCUGGCAUGGACCAGACGCUGCUCGAGCUGAAUGAGCUGAAGCUUAAUGCGAACGCCAAUGACAAUGUGCUCGAUGGACAUUUGGACACUUUGAUCCAGGACAGCCUCCAGAAGAUCAACGAUAUUAUCGACUCUGUAUUGCAGGCCGGUGUUCAGCGCGUUGAUGAUGCGUUAUAUGAGCUGGACUCCUCCAUGCAGGCUGGUAACCAAAACGCUACUGGUCCCUAUGUGCUGUCACAGAUUGAGAAAGCAUCGACAUGUACAAUGGAAUUUUCGACCGCCUUUAACAACUUCAUCGCUGACGGACCAAAUGCGAAGCACGCUGAAGUUAUCAAUGCGGUCAACAGCUUUUCCGGCUCAAUCGUGGAUGUCCUCGUGAACACCAAGGGCCUCACAAGAUUUGCCUCGGAUGAGAACAAGGCUGACCAGCUCAUUAACGCCGCGCGCGCAUCGGCGACUUCUACGAUCAGAUUUUUCCGAAGCGUACAAACUGUGCGCAUGUAUGAUCUUGACGCCGAGCAAAAGAUCAACGUUGUCAUCAACAACAGUACCGAAGUUGUCCGCAAUCUUCAGAGCUUGUCUAAGCUAGCCGACGCAUUUGCGCCCAAGAGCAAGAUCACAAGUGCAUCUGGUGAUCUUGGUGAACUGGUUGAGGACGAGCUGACAAAGGCUGCCAACGCCAUCGAAGCGGCGGCAGAGCGUUUGGCUAAGCUCAAGAACAAGCCUCGGGAUCAAUUCUCUACGUACGAGCUUAAGAUCCACGACUCUAUCCUCGAAGCUGCUAUUGCUGUCACAAAUGCCAUCGCUCAGCUCAUCAAAGCAGCCACGGCUUCUCAACAGGAGAUUGUCCGCGAAGGUCGUGGUAGCAUGUCCAAGACGCAAUUCUACAAGAAGCACAACCGCUGGACCGAAGGUCUCAUCAGUGCUGCUAAGGCAGUUGCAACAUCGACCAAUGUGCUCAUCGAGACCGCCGACGGUGUCAUCUCUGGACGCAACUCGCCCGAACAGCUCAUUGUCGCUUCGAACGACGUUGCCGCAUCAACUGCUCAAUUGGUGGCUGCCAGUCGUGUCAAGGCCAGCUUCAUGAGCAAGACUCAAGACCGCCUCGAGACAGCAUCAAAGGCUGUCACAUCGGCUUGCAAGUCGCUUGUCCGACAGGUCCAGGACAUCAUCGCGCAGAAGAACCGUGACAGCGGCGAUGCAGUGGACUACACCAAGUUGAGCGAUCGCGAGUUCAAGACGCAGCAGAUGGAGCAGCAGGUCGAAAUUUUGCAACUCGAGAACCAGCUCAGCCAAGCGCGUGUCAGAUUGGGAGAGAUGCGCAAGCUCUCUUAUCUCGAAGAAUAA